AUCUCCUCCUCCCUCUCUCGCUUCUUUCGCCUUCAAACUCGCCUUCAAAUCUCUCUCUUUCUCUUUCUCUUUCUUGGUUUUCACUGCAGCUCUUGAAGCUUCUUCUUCGGCUUGCGACUGCGGUCAACGAGGGUUUGGCAAAGAGAUGGGAAUGGGGAGAGGAGCGAAGAAGAGGAGCUACUCGGCGUCGCCUGAUGACUAUCGCUUGCUCGAAGAGGUCGGCCAUGGCGCCAGUGCUACCGUCUACCGGGCCAUCUACUUGCCCACCAACGAGCUUCUCGCCGUCAAGUGCCUCGAUCUUGAUCGCUGCAAUAGUAAUCUGGAUGACAUCCGAAGGGAAGCUCAAACCAUGAGCUUGAUAGAACACCCUAACAUAAUACGGGCAUGCUGUUCAUUUGUUGUUGAUAGCUACCUUUGGGUUGUGAUGCCAUUUAUGGCAGAGGGCUCAUGUUUUCAUCUGAUGAAGAUAGCUUAUCAAGAUGGAUUUGAGGAGUCUAUCAUUAGAUCUAUCCUGAAAGAGACUCUUAUAGCUUUGGAGUAUCUUCAUAAACAUGGGCACAUACAUCGGGAUGUCAAGGCUGGGAACAUUCUUCUUGAUAGUUCUGGUCGGGUGAAACUUGGUGACUUUGGUGUUUCAGCAUGCAUGUUCGAUAAAGGUGAUAGGCAACGCUUAAGAAAUACAUUUGUGGGGACUCCAUGUUGGAUGGCUCCAGAGGUCUUGCAGCCUGAAAGUGGAUAUGAUUUCAAAGCUGAUAUAUGGUCAUUUGGAAUAACGGCUCUGGAGUUAGCUCAUGGUCAUGCUCCUUUUUCAAAAUAUCCUCCAAUGAAGAUUCUUUUGAUGACCCUCCAAAAUGCUCCUCCUGGACUUGACUAUGAACGUGACAAAAAAUUCUCAAAGUCAUUCAAGGAAGUGGUUGCUAUGUGUUUGGUGAAAGAUCAAACGAAAAGGCCAACUGCAGAGAAAUUAUUAAAGCAUUCAUUUUUCAAACAAGCAAAGCCUUCGGAGCUGUCCUUAAAAAGUAUUCUAGCUGACUUGCCACCACUCUGGGAUCGUGUAAAGGCUCUUCAGUUAAAAGAUGCAGCACAAUUAGCUCUCAAAAAGAUGCCUUCUGCAGAACAGGAAGCAUUAUCACAGAGUGAGUACCAAAGGGGUGUUAGUGCAUGGAACUUUGAUGUUGAAGAUCUGAAAGCCCAAGCAGCAAUGAUUGAAGAUGAUGAGGACCUUCCUAGAACAAAAGAGGAUGAUAAGGGACCAAAAUUAUUUUUUAAUAAUAAGAGUUCAUGUGAUUCCACAUUUAGUCAUGGGCAAUCAAUAUUUACUGAUGAAAGUCAAUAUAAUUCCAUCUCAGUCUGGUUUUUAAAUAUUUCCAUUGAACCUAUGACCUUAACACUAAUUGAUCUGUCUCACCCUAACACUGUCAAAUUGGCUAAAAGGGAAAUAAUUGUGCCAUGGAAGAGCCAAUGGCUAGGGGCUUGGAUACCAAAGAUGAAAUCUGUUGAAGCAGAUAUAAUGGAUUCUAGUAGUCACGAAAGGGUUGAUUAUGAAAACAGAUUUAAAGAUGAUCCUUUACCAUCAACAUCAAAGCAGAGUACGGAGCCCAACCACUGGAAGAAUGAAGUUGGAAAAAGGCACCAAACGUACAGUGGUCCACUACCUGGUACUGUGCACAAUAAUUCAUCAUCCGACAAGAGUUGGAGUGCUGAAAGGUUUGACAAUGACAUUCAACUCGCAACAGAUAAAAAAAGACGAGAUGUGAGGAAAUCUCCAAACUUAAGUGGCCCAUUGAUGCUCCCAAACCGUGCUUCUGCAAACAGCUUAUCUGCUCCUAUACGUUCUUCAGGAGGUAUAGGAGAUUCAUUGGAGGACAAGUCAAAGGGCAACGUUAUUCAAAUAAAAGGCCGCUUUUCGGUUACAUCCGAACAUUUAGAUCUUGUAAAGGAUAUCCCACUUUGUACAGUUGCACAAAGACCAUCCCAGGGGACCUCACUAAGAAAAUCAGCCAGUGUGGGUGAGUGGCUUGUCCAUUCAAAACAAUUGCCAGGCAGCCAGCAACUGAAGGAACGCAACAAUUCUCUACAUGCAUCUGUUCUCAUGCCUCACAUUCAGAAUCUUUUUCAGCAGACUUCUUUUCAACAAGAUCUCCUUGUGAAUUUGCUGAAUACACUACAGCAGAAUGAUGCUGUUGAUGCAGUUCAGAAUGGAAUGGCUUCCCAAGUAUCAAAUCUGGAGAAUGAUUUGCUUGUUGAAACAGCAACCUCUGAAAGGGAGCGCCUGUUGCUUGUCAAGAUUGCAGACCUGCAAGCCAGGAUGAACAGUUUAACUGAUGAAUUGGUUGCAGCAAAACUAAAGCACCUUCAGUUACAGCAACAGCUCAAUGCAGUUUGUUCUCGAGAAGACGAUGAUGACUUGAUAAAAGAGGAAACCUGACUUUGAAAAGUUUCUAAGCCACAAGACAGAAUCUCUAUAAGUUAUCGAUACAAUCCUUGGCGAGGAAAUCUUUUGCGACUACUCUCUUUUGCUGGUCAAGAUAUGGAUGCAAGCACCAGCAGAAGCUUUGUGCUUGACGCAUCUUUGCUUGGCUCAGCACUUGAAUGUUUGAUCAAUUGCCAGCUUAUAAAUUAUGUUGUCUUUUUUAUUUUUAUUUUUCUUUGUGUUGAUGUUGAUAGAACAUACUUGGUUUGUUGCUUUGGAGUGGCUUGCGAUGUACCAGGCCGUUUGUUUGAGUAUUCAUUAAUGAUUAGUCUAAUAAGUAUGUCAGCCCAUCUUCAGUCAGUAAACUGAUUAGUCAGAUGGCUGUUGUAUCUAUUUUUGAGAAUUUGUAAUGUAAUUUUUCUCAUGAAGAAUCUGUUUUACAUGAGAGCAAAUUUGCCACCA